AUGUCAGAUAUAGAGUCAUUGGGCGGAGCUGCAGGCCUCUUUGAGGAGCCAGAAGACUUUCUUCCUCCUCCACCAGAGCCUCAUUUUGCGGAAUAUCAGAGGUCACACAUUACUAAAGAGUCCAAAUCUGAUGUGAAAGACAUCAAACUUCGUCUCGUUGGCACGUCUCCACUUUGGGGCCAUCUUUUGUGGAAUGCAGGUAUAUAUACAGCAAAUCAUUUGGAUUCUCACCCAGAAUUGAUGAAGGGAAAAACUGUUCUGGAACUGGGUGCUGCAGCAGCUUUACCCACCGUCAUUUGCGCUUUGAAUGGCGCACAAAUGGUUGUUUCUACUGAUUAUCCUGAUCCAGAUUUGAUGGAGAACGUCGAUUAUAAUAUAAAAGCCAACGUUCCUGAAGGGUUUGGUAACGUCAGUGCAGAGGGAUAUAUUUGGGGGAAUGAUUAUUCUCCCUUAUUGGCCCACGUCGAUAAGACUGAUAACAGCAAUGGAAAGUUCGAUUUAAUUAUCUUGAGCGAUUUAGUCUUUAACCAUACGGAACAUCGCAAGUUACUCCAAACGACAAAGGACUUAUUGUCUGAAAAAGGCAGGGCCUUAGUAGUAUUUUCACCACAUAGACCAAAACUGUUGGAAAGAGACUUAGAAUUUUUCCAACUGGCUAAUGACGAGUUUAAUUUGGCUCCUGAGCUGAUUGAAAUGGUUAAUUGGAAACCAAUGUUUGACGAAGAUGAGGAAACCAUUGAAAUCAGAUCCCGCGUUUAUGCAUAUUACUUGACGCACAAAAAUUAA